AUGACCUCCUUAACACGUUCAAAUAGUUUACUCCACCGCUGCUUAAUUAACCAUUGGCGUGUUUUCCGCGUGGAUCCAGCUCGGUCGUAUUAUGGAUUUCCGAAAGUGCCUGGAUCACCAGGUGUACACACCGUUGACCUCCGGUCCGACGUGGGUACCAAACCCGGAGCUGGCAUGCGCAAAGCCAUGGCGGAGACAGAGCACGGAGAUGAUGUGUUUGCAGAGGACCCUACAGUUAAUGAAUUACAAAAAGAAGCUGCUGAUAUGUUUGGUAUGGAGGCUGCUUUAUUUGUCCCCUCAGGAACGAUGGGUAAUCUGAUUGCAGCUAUGGUGCACUGCAGAGAAAGGGGAGAUGAGAUGAUAUUAGGUGACCUCUCUUAUAGUCACAUCUCUGAACAGGGUGGAAGUGCACAGCUUGCAGGUAUCCAUUCCGUAACAGUGACUACACUAGCUGAUGGCACCUUUGAUCUAGACCAGGUGAUCUCUAAGAUCCGUCACGGUUACCCAGGCAUACACUACCCACGCUCUCGCCUGGUGUGUAUUGAAAAUACGCACAAUAUUUUGGGAGGGCGAGUCCUUCCACUCUCGUUCCUGCAGGAGCUUCGCUCUGUGGCUGAUACGUUCGGUCUGGCAGUGCAUAUGGAUGGAGCGAGGUUGAUGAAUGCAGCCGUUGCUCAGGGUGUUCAUCCCUCUGUUAUACUACAACAUUGCCACUCCGUCAGUGUCUCUCUGUCCAAGGGGCUGGGGGCACCUGUAGGAACCAUGCUUGGUGGGUCAAAAGAUUUCAUAGAGAGAGCAGAUCGUGCCCGCAAGGCACUUGGAGGAGGAAUGCGCAAAAUGGGUAUCUUAGCAGCAGCUGGUAGGAUCGCCCUGUCGGACAUGAUUGGUAGACUGGAAGAGGACCACAGGAACGCCAGACGCUUUGCUGAAGCGCUUAUACAGUGCGACCCUCCUUUCUACCAGCUGGACCUCGCCACCGUGGAAACAAACAUUGUGAGGUUUCAUCUUCAGGACGAGCGAAUGAGCCUACAUGAGUUCUGUGAGCGUAUGGCAAGGGUUGAUGAGCAGGAGGUGAAGGCUUUGGGUCAGGGGAUCCGGGUGCUGAUGUUCCCAUACAUGAGAGGUGCAGUCAGGGCUGUGUGGCAUCAGGGUAUCAGUGAGGAAGAUACUGAAUUGGCUAUAGAAAAGGCUUGGUUUGUGGCUCGACAGCACAGAUGCAAGUCCGUCAGGACAGCACUAAUACAAUAACUGUUUUUGUCAACAGUUUAGAUCAGUUUGUACAUUUUUUGGGGGAGGAGGCAUUUUCUCAGUAGUGCCUCACUGCAGAACAAGACAUCCAGGGGGCGGGGUUGGAUUCAG